AUGUCGGAAGCUUCGUUGAAAGAAGCAAAGGAAAAAGUGCAAGUACUAGAAGUACAAGUCAAAAGUCUACAACUCGACCGAGAUAGUUCUGCUCAAGAAAUGAAGACACUCAAAAAAGACAAUAAGCGAUAG